AUGGCUAGUUUCGAGCAAGUCAAAAGUGACUACGACACUCAGGCCGAAGGCUACAAUGACAUCACACACCUCCCUUGCUUCAUUGUCGAGACAGAGCUCCUAGGGGUUGCACUGGGAGACUGCACCGGCCUCAGAGUGCUCGACUUUGGCGGCGGCUCUGGAUUGCAUGCUCGUCAAGCGGUCGAUGCCGGUGCGGAAUCUGUUGACAUCAUUGAUCUCUCCACUGAAAUGCUCAGAGUGGCCGAUGAUGCCGAGAAGCAGCUUGGGCGUGUUGGCAAAGUCCGCACCUUCGAGGCCGACGUCACCAAGCCCAUUGACCACCUGCAUGAGAAGGGCCUGCACAAACAAUACGACCUAGUCAUGUCCAACUUUUGUUUCGACCACGCAACUUCGAGACAGCAGCUUGAGGAUAUGUGGCGCAACGCAAUCUCUCUCCUAAAGCCCGGCGGCCGCUUUGUCGGUGCCCGCGUUGGGAACAUGAAGAGCAAGGCUUGUGCCGACGGUCGAUACGGCGUCACAUACAAGGAUUUCCAGGACAUUCCUGGAGGCGUGCGAUACCGCUAUAUCAUCCACCUGAAAGAGCCCAUCGAGUUUGAAGCCUGUUCGCUGGAACUGAGCUACUCGGGAAGCACCGAAAUUCAGGAGAAGCUUGGUUUGACUAAUUUUGAGGAGAUUCCGUUCAUGAGCUCCAAGGCGGUGGCAGCCAACCCGGAAUACUGGAGGACUUUCCUGGACGAUCCGAGCAUGGCUGUUUUGACUGCUACCAAAGCAGUCACUGCUUCUACUUAA